AUCGUCUUUCUUUCUUGAAAUUAAGCAUAUCCAACAAAGCACUUUCCCUGCCUGUUAUCCUCCUGAUGAGUUGCAACACUAAUUCUUCCCAAACAUGAUACACCAAAAUGAAUCCUGUGGUACAGAACAGAUACCCAUAUCCUAUUUAACAUGCAUGUUUUAUGUAUUAGAAGAAUGGACUGGAGUGGAACGCUUGGGAGAAUAUCUGAGUUACCUCAUCUACCUCACAUGGCUAUUUAUGCCACUACUCAUAGGUUUUCUACUUCCAGCAGUUAUUCUUCUCCUCAUUUAUAUUUCGGCUAUCAUUGUUCAUAUUUACAAAAGAAAGACAGACAUAAAAGAAGGUUACUUGAAUGAUUUCUGGGAUGGUGCAAGACAAGUGUUGGCAACUAUGUGGUAUGCUCAUGCAAGAAUAUGGAAUGGUUAUGAGGUACAUGGUCUUGAAAAACUACCAAAUGGACCAGCAGUGAUUAUUUUUUAUCAUGGAGCAACUCCAUUAGACUUUUUCUACUUGGCAGCCACUGUUUUUAUCAGGAAAAAAAGAAUCCUCCAUGUAGUUGCUGAUCAUUUUGUGUUUUCAGUUCCAGGUAUAAAGUUAUUAAUUGAUGUGAUCCGUGUUCUGCAUGGAUCGCAGGAAGAAUGUAGAAAAGUAUUAGAAAAUGGAGGACUGGUGGUAAUUUCACCAGGAGGAGUACGGGAAGCACUGUUCAGUGAUGAAAAUUAUACUAUUAUGUGGAAAAAUCGUAAAGGGUUUGCUCAAGUGGCCACUGAUGCAAAAGUGCCCAUCAUUCCUAUGUUCACACGAAACAUUCGGGAAAAUAUUCGAGUAGUUGGAGGACAAAUAAAAUCAUUAAGAUCGAUAUAUGAGUAUUUUCGUUUGCCACCAGCUCUUCUGUAUGGAAACUUUCCAGUUAAAUUACAAACUUAUUUUGGAGAUCCUAUUCCAUAUGAUCCAAACACAACAGUAGAAGAACUGACCGAAAAAGCAAAGGAUGCACUACAAUGUUUAAUAGACAAACAUCAGAAAAUUCCAGGAAAUGUGUGGAGGGCUUUGAUGGAAAGAGUUACAACAGAGAAACAAGACAAUGAAUAGCUUUGACAAAUCAUUGUGAAAAAUGUUUUGAAUGAUAUUUAAUGUGAUAUAUGAUUUAAGAAUUGUUACAAUAGUUUUUUAUUUGCUGUGCAAAUGUAUAAUUUUACAGAAAACCGGGCUUUGAAGAUCAUUGUUACAUGUAUUGCUCAGGAAAGUAAAUCUUUCAGUAUAAAUUCAACUCUUCACAGAAAUAAAACUAUAGUUUAAAAAGCACAAUCCUAAUUAGGAAUAAGAUGUAAAAAUGAUUUUUAGGCUUUUUGAAAUGCCUCAAAUACAUAGCCUAUUUAUAGUACUUCUUAAAUUAAAUGUAAACUUUAAAUGGAUCAGGAUUAAAUGUUGUAUUUUUGUAAAACUUGGAUUUUUUUAUUUCAUGUAUUCUCCAGUUACCAAAAGUUUAAAGUAAUCAAAUUUAUGUAUGGAGAAGCUACUUAUAUGAGCGAGAAAGAUCCAGUAUCUGUAUUCAUUAAUACUUAGAACUACACUUAGAAUUUAGUUCUAUUUUACUGACCGGUACUACGUAUACUGGUACUUAAAAAGAGAAAAUUAAUUUAAGGCUUUUUAAAUAAUAUGAGAGGGAUGCAGUGGCUAAGACGCUAAGCUUGUCGAUCAAAAGGUCGGCAGUUCAGUGGUUCGAAUCCCUAGUGCCGCUAACAGCAUUCCGAACGCCUUUGGCAUUUAGUCAUGCCAGCCACAUGACCACAGAGACGUUUUCGGACAGCACUGACUCUUUGGCUUUGAAAUGGAGAUGAGCACCACCCCCUAGAGUCAGGAACGACUAGUACAUAUGUGUGAGGGGAACCUUUACCUUUACCUUUAAAUAAUAUGAAUUGGCACUGCAUAAAGAAGAAUUUCUGCAGUAGAAAUUGCUUUGCUAUUUUCCAGGAAGUAUUACAUUUUGGGCAAACUGCUAAUUUAUUAUGAAUUUGUAUGUCCUGGAAAUUAAAAUUCAUAGAUUAUAGGUAUACUUCUGUGCCAAGACAGUGCAAAGCCACCAAGAUGUGCCUUAUUUACUAUAGUGAUUCUGGGAUCAAUAAUCAUUCGAACAGAGGCUUAUAUAGCAGGUUACAAUGCCAUCAAAGUGAGAAUAUUUGCAUAGGAAGGUGAAAUGUUAAUCCUUUUAUUGGGAAGUAUCUGUCUCCCAAGAACAUGUAUUCUCCACUUUGAUUACAGUUAAUAUAGAGAGUGGGCUAAGUAUUAAUGAAUAGGUCAAUUCAUGUAUCUUAAAUCAAGGAUGUCUCUAGUCAAAUGGUUGAAUUAAAUAGCAUGACACAAGUUCUUUAUUGUAUCAUUUGCACUACAAAUGUCAUUGUGGCUUGCUAUAUAUAUGUUCAGACCUAUGAUUGAAUGAUUAUUGACAACUUUUUUUACAAUGCCCUUCAUGGAUAGUCAGCAACAACUAGCAGAGUAAAAUCUGCAGGAAUCCUUGUUCAUGUUGCCAUUCUGAAUGUUUUUUAGAUUCCUCAUAGUGGGAUUCUGUUAGAUUCUGUUUUAAACAUUCCAUAUAUGUUUAUUGUGCAGAUUUAUAACUGUCCAAACCUACUUAUGAGUAGCUUAUUGAUGGUAUAUACGUAGGAUAUUUAUUUUGUUGUUUUCAUUAAUGCAAAAUAACUUCAAACUUUGGGGAAGAAAAGUAUAUUUGAGAAUGUUCUGACCAAUAUUUUUACUUUUGGGUGGAAGGAUAGUUCUCCAGAGCUCUUAUAUGAAAACCAUUCUGUGGUUCUGUACUAACUAUUAUAAUCCAUAAAGCAGGACUUUCUUUAAAAAUUUAAGUAUUUAUUAUAUAAUCUUUUUUCAGAUUUCGGCAUGCAUAAGGAACUCCAUCCAAAUUGUUUUAAGAAGAUGCCAUGUAAAGCUAGAGUGUUUUGCCAUGAGCCUAUUUCUCUGUCAGGAUUUUUGGAGUGGGAUGGGGAUCUCUGAGCAUUGAAAUGUAUCCAAUUAAUGAAAAUAGAACUCCUGGAAAUAUAUUAUAAGAUAUAGACAUGUAGCUAUCAAAGAAAAUACUUUUUUUCUGGAAGUAAAUUACAUCAAAUAUUUUAUUGCGACAUGCACUACUUUAACUAUUUAUUAAUAGUAAAUGAUGACAAAUAUUUUCUUUCUUAUUAUCCACUGAAUCUACUGUAUUUGGUAAAUGUAAAUCUGAUGUUAUAUGAUCACAUUUAAUCUUACUUUUCAAUUCCCUUAAGACCUUAAAAGGAAACAAAUUGUUAUGAUGACCAUUUGAUAAUUAUCAUUAAAAGGUUGGACUUAGAAAUAGUCACUACUAUAAUGAUUUGUGAAAAGUGUUAAAGAGAUAGAGAAGUAAUCCAACAGGUAAAGAAGGGACCAAUGCCCAUAUUUAGGAAAACCUUUUCUCUCCAUUUAAGGAUUUUUUUUUUAAGUUCUCUUGCUGUUACAAAAUGUAUUGCUUUUACUUUAAAUUAGCAUUUUCAAUUUCAUUUGCUGUUUAAUUAUUUUCUUUCAGACUGAUUAUUCAAUGUUUAGAUUAUUAAAAAGUGUUUGUAAGGUAUUUCCAGGAGUGAUAUAGGAAACAUAAAUAUUUUGAAAACAGGGUUAUGGAUACUGCUGGAUAUUUUUUUUUUCUGAAUAAGCUUUUAAAUCACUUAAAUGAUGGUAACAGAUUGAAAUAUAGUUCAUUUUUAAGAAUAUUUAAACAUAUUUUAUCUGCAGUUAUUCCUUACUGUUUUUAUUUUUAUGUCAUGUGAUGAAAAAUACCUACUGAAUAAAGCUGAAGUAACAAUUAGAAA